ACUGUUGAAAAGGGCAGGCUCAGAUGAUUCAUUUCCAGUAGUGAAUGGCUCAGCUACAGCUAAAGACCAGGAACAGUCUCAUAGGAAAUGAAACGCCAGCCAUGUUAAAGAUAAUAGCCAUUACAUUGUUCCUUCUGGUGAUUAUCAAAUAUGAAUGUCUUGCUUCUCAAAAGUCCUGCAAAGAGCCCUCACAUAAAAAACUGCACGAACAACUAUAUAAACUGGCUCCACACUACAGAGAUUUACUGUUAAAGGAUGUCAUACCUGACAAGAAGCUGAAAAAGUGUCCUAAAACUAUAAAUGAAACCUCCAGUGCAAUUCAGGACAUAAGCAUUUCUCCAUGGUCAUACAGAGUGAAUAAAGAUUCAUCUCGAUUUCCAGCAGAGAUAACAGAAGCAUACUGUUUAUGCAAGAAUUGCCUUAUCAGUGAGGGAUCUGACCAACUGCUCAUAAGUGAAAAAUUUGAAGACCCAAUCCCAGUACUACGCAGGACACGGAAGUGCAGGAACGGGCAUUUCAUCUAUAAACUUGACACAAUCAAAGUUCCAAAGUUCUGUGUCUGCACUAGGCGCUAAGUCAAAGCAGGAAAAUAAACAGUUAAAAAAAGAAGAUGAGUGUUUUAGAAAUGAUAAGUCUAUUUUCAAGAAUGGGGCCCAUUAUCAUUUCAUUACAAGCUUUCACUCUAUGCCUGAAAGAAAACCUGACUGAGAGCUGGCAGUUGCAAUAAAGCACUGGAUGAACAUACAGCAUAUUUAUAUUUCUUAGUGCCAUUUAUGUUCAUUAUUUUCAAACACUGCUUAGGCAGGAAAAAUGACUGUGUCCAGUUUCAUCCAAUCAAGCCCGUAUAGUGGAAGAAGAUACCUGUUAAGAAGGUAUUAGAUUAAGUAAUGGUCACCAUACUUUCUUUGUGUUAAUGCAGUGUUUUGUUUCCUGUUUUUCAAAUCUGACUUUGUAUAAGCUCAGCCUAUAUAGCAUUUGUAAUUAAAAGUCAUUUUUCUCGUCUCA